GGUUGGGGGAGUCCCAGCCCAUGAACACAGAAUCUCUGCCCAGGCCCCGUUGCUUUGGAACCUACCCUCCAUUUUUUUAGUCCACUUUCACUUUCUUUUACGUAUUUUUUAUAUUGUUAUAACUCUUGUCCUCCCUCCACUGCUCGCUCCUCCCCCUGCCCACCUCGUCCCUACUCACUGAAACCCUGGACACUUCCUGCAUUUCAUCCCUGCCAUGGGACAACCCCUUCCCCGGCAUAAAGGGGCACUUUCUUGGUGAUGUCACAGGAUGGUAGCAAGACUUCAGGGAACUCAGAGGAUCUUGCUUCCCCCUCCCCAUCUGCAGUAGCCACAAUCUCUCUUCCCCCAGGCUCCCUGGAUCUUUGAGCUGGUUCCUCUUUAGGUCACGUGACCUGAGUCUUAUUUCUCGCGUUCUCCUUUUCCAGAAGAAUUACAGUCUGUUUCUCCCAAAUUCUAAUUCCCUCUCCCCUCCCUGGGGGAUUUUCAUACUCUCCUAUUACACGGAACUCGAUAGAGUCCGUAAUUCCCCAGAAUGUAUUUUCUUGACAGCUAAUAACCCUGAGCUGCUGCAUUUGGUGCUGACGACAUUCCUCCCGCGUGCUGAACCCAGCCAAUGGUCCCCGUUUCCUGCGGCCUCUGCUGGUCACCGGACACCUCUUUUGGGUUUCCAGUUUCCAAACCUGAUGGUGUCUCCCAGCUGGAACAAGGGGAAGAGCCGUGGGUCCUGGGUCUCCAGGGCUCAGAGGAAAGAGAGAUCCAGGGAGGUGCCUGCCGGGGCGAAGGGGCAGUGAGUAAGAGCAAGGAGGAGAAUCUUCAGCAGAAAGAUCACGAGCUAGUGGAAUCAUCCGGGAUGUUUUCAGAAAGAUUUGAAGGGAAUAUUCACUGGAGUCGUGAGCGGAGAAAAGCUCAUGAGAGUCAGCAGGGAAAUCAGCCAGGGCAUGGUUGGGGAAGUGGCCAGGACCUCCAGGAAACCACAGCCCAGCAGAGAAUUCCCCCAGGAGAGAGAAAAAACACCUGCACGGAGUGUGGGAAAACCUUCAGUAGUCGCUCCAACCUUAUUACACACUGGAGAAUCCACACAGGAAAUAGACCGUAUAAAUGCUCAGAGUGUGGGAAAAGCUUCAAUCAGCGUUCAAACCUUAUUAAACAUUGGCGAAUCCACACAGGAAAUAGACCCUUUAAAUGCCAUGACUGUGGGAAAAGCUUCACUGACAGCUCAAACCUUACUCAGCAUCAGAGAACCCACGUGGGGGAGAGACCCUAUAGAUGCUCAGAAUGCGGGAAAAGCUUCACUCGGAGCUCCGACCUUAUUAGACAUGAGACAAUCCACACGGGAGACAGACCCUUUAAAUGCUCCAAGUGCGGGAAAAGUUUCAACGACCGCUCUAACCUUAUUACGCAUCAGAGAACCCACAUGGGGGAGAGACCUUAUAGAUGCUCGGAGUGCGGGAAAAGCUUCAGUGUGAGCUCCAGCCUUAUUACACACUGGAGAAUCCAUACGGGAGAGCGACCCUAUGAAUGCUGCGAGUGCGGGAAAAGCUUCACUCGGAGCUCAGACCUUAUUAGACAUGAGACAAUCCAUACAGGAGACAGACCCUUUAAAUGCUCCAAGUGUGGGAAAAGCUUCAAUGACCGCUCCAACCUUAUUAGACACCAGAGGAUCCACAAAGGACAGUAAACUCAUUGACUAGGGCUGGCCAAAGAUGCUUUUGCUAAUUCCUACAUAGAGAUCUUUAAGGGUGUUUGCACCGUUGUGUCACUGUGCGCUCUCAGCUGCCCCACUUUUGUGUUUGCAGCUCACCCUUCUUUGGGGUGAAUCCCAGGGCCCCUUCUAUCAGCCCCUUUGUCCUGGUAGUGAAGGGGAUGGUGUCCCCCACCUGCCGGGAAUAUCCAUCAGCCCCGUGUGGGGAGAUAGCAGUGACUUCGACUAGCUACGUUGAGAUAUAAUCUGCCUAGGCCAUGUCUCCACUGGGAUUUUCCAUGGAAAUAAUUAGCCCAGGUUAGCUCUCAUAGACUCAUAGACUUUAAGGACAGAAGGGACCAUUAUGAUCAUCUAGGCUGACCUCCCGAAUGAUGCAGGCCACAAAGCCGUCCCAACCCUUUCCCUUGACUCUGCUGUUGAAGUCCCCAA